AUGGUGGAACUGCCAACCGCGCCAUGUCAGUAUACAUGCGGAGGGCGGAAUUUAGAUGCACUCGGUAAGUCAAACUCAUGUAUCGUCACUGAGUUUGAUCGGCGAAAUUAUAGUUUCUCAGUGGAGGAAACUGAGGAUCCCCAUGAAGGCCGACCAAAGGAUCAUUUCUGGGUACACUUGAGAGAAAAGAUGUGCGACUGUGGAAAGUUUCAGGCGUUACACUUGCCAUGUUCGCAUGUUAUUGCUGCAUGUAAUCAUGCUAACAUUUCAUAUGAAGCAUUCAUUGACGACGUGUACCGAGUUACCACUGUAAAUGCUGUGUAUGACGAGGCCUUCCCGGUAGUUCGAAGCAAGAGUUUAUGGCCCAUUUAUGAAGGUGACGUUGUUUGUCCUCGCGCCGAUAUGAAAAGAACCAAGAGAGGACGUCCCAAAAAGACACGCAUCCGAACUGAAAUGGACGAUUUUGAAAAAAGAGAGUUCCGAUGUGGCUUAUGUCGAGUGCCGGGUCAUAACUAUCGAGAAUGUCCUAAUGCAGCCGGACCCUCUAAUUAA